AUGGCAGCAGCAGCACAACCAAUGGCUAGUAAUAGUUUAGCUGAUACAGUCGGACAAUUUAAUGGUGGCUAUUACAAAAUAGAUCAUCGUGACACAAAUUCCGUUCUUUGGGUAACAUUGCAACCAAACAUUCCAUUUUAUGCGCAACCAGGAGCUAUGGUAUCAAUGAGUCCAGAAGUGACACUCAAAGGAAAAUUUAAGUUUUCAUUCAAAAAAAUGUUCACAGGUGGUGAAAUGGCUCAAUCAACAUAUACUGGUCCUGGGGAAAUACUAUUUGCACCACCUAUUUGGGGUGAUAUUGUUCCUAUUGAAUUAGAUGGUCGUGCUCAAUGGAAUGUAGGUAAAGGCGGCUACCUUGCAAUGUCUCAUGGCGUUGUAAAAGAGACCAAAUCUCAAGGAUUGGGUAAAGCAAUGUUUUCUGGUGAAGGUCUUUUUGUUCAUCGAAUAUCAGGUGUUGGAGUUAUCUUCGUUACAUCACUUGGUGCUAUUGUGCAACGUCAUUUAAGACAAGACGAACAAUGGAUUGUUGAUAAUGGACAUUUAGUGGCAUGGAACUGCCCGUAUACAAUUGAAAGAGCUGGUGGUGGUAUUAUGAGUGGUAUGCAUGCUGGUGAAGGACUUGUUUGUCGAUUUACUGGUCCGGGAACUGUUUAUAUACAAACACGAAAUCCAGAAGCUUUGUCGGAGUGGAUAGCAAGUCAUACGUCAACAUCCAGUAGUUGA